UCCCUCACUGAGAGAUGUCUUAGAGUCAGCCAUGGGGAGCGAACAGCAGAGAAACCUGCACCGUUUGGUCAUUGUCUCUUUUCUCUUGACCUCUUCAGUUGCUGCAGAUGGUCAGAUCAGAUUGGCUGGCUCUGGGUCCAAUCACUGCUCUGGAAGAGUUGAGAUCUUCCACAACAGCACCUGGGGAACAGUGUGUGAUGAUAGCUGGGAUCUAAACGAUGCUCAGGUCGUGUGCAGACAGUUGCGCUGUGGUUCAGCAGUGAGCGCCCCUCAAUCAACCCACUAUGGUGAGGGGACCGGACAAAUCUGGCUUGAUGAUGUCAGCUGUUCAGGGAGUGAAAGUUCUGUGACUGAGUGUACCCAUCCAGGAUUUGGGACUCAUAACUGUGGACACUCUGAGGACGCUGGUGUGUUCUGUUCAGGUGAGAGGAUAUUAGUUUUACUCUUAAAGUCAAUGGACCGUGUCAGGACCAUGUUAC